GAAAGAAUAAAGCAAAGCGCACUGCAGCACCGCGCGCUUUGAUGACGUCAGAGCGCUCCCGCCGAUCCCGUGUCGCCCUGUGCGCAUGCGCGGCGCGUCCGUUCCCCCGGCGACGGAGAGGCGCCGCAAUGAGUGAAGCGGAGCUGGACGCGGCCGUGGCGGGGAAGUACGAAAUGAAGAAGCGGCUGGGAAAGGGGGCUUACGGCAUUGUAUGGAAAGCAAUUAAUCGCAGGACAGGAGAAAUAGUUGCAGUCAAAAAGAUUUUUGAUGCUUUCAGGAACAGAACAGAUGCUCAGAGAACGUUUCGUGAGAUUAUGUUCCUACAGGCUUACGGCAUUGUAUGGAAAGCAAUUAAUCGCAGGACAGGAGAAAUAGUUGCAGUCAAAAAGAUUUUUGAUGCUUUCAGGAACAGAACAGAUGCUCAGAGAACGUUUCGUGAGAUUAUGUUCCUACAGGAAUUUGGAGAGCAUCCCAAUAUCAUCAAGCUGCUCGAUGUUAUCCGAGCUCAGAACAACAAGGACAUCUACCUCAUUUUUGAGUCUAUGGAGACAGAUUUACAUGCUGUGAUUAAGAAGGGGAAUGUGCUGAAAGACAUCCACAAGUGUUACAUUCUCUAUCAACUCCUGAAAGCCACUAAAUUCAUCCAUUCAGGAAAUGUUAUUCACAGGGAUCAGAAGCCUUCGAAUAUCUUGCUGGAUGCAGACUGCUUUGUGAAGCUCUGUGAUUUUGGGCUGGCCCGUUCUUUGUGUCAGAUGGAUGAAGAGCAAAGCAGCCCUGCCUUAACAGAAUACGUGGCCACGCGCUGGUACCGAGCCCCUGAGAUCCUGCUUUCCUCCCGGAGCUACACUAAAGGGGUGGACAUGUGGAGCAUUGGCUGCAUUCUGGGCGAGCUGCUGCUUGGAAAACCUCUUUUUCCUGGAACAUCAACCAUCAAUCAAAUAGAGCAGAUCUUGAGGGUCAUUCCUGCCCCAUCCUCAGAAGAUAUGAUGGCUAUGCAAUCAGACUACAGGGCCUCAAUUAUUGACCGCAUGAGUUCCCGGCAACGGGUAACGUUUGAGGAGAUUUUACCAUCCUCCACUCCUUUGCCUGCCUUGGAUCUUCUGAAGAAGCUUUUGGUGUUUAACCCUGACAAACGACUGACGGCGGAGGAGGCCCUGCAGCAUCCCUAUGUGAAAAGGUUUCACUGCCCUGCCAUGGAGCCCUCUCUGGGUUACGAUGUGAUUCUUCCUUUAGCUGACGACACUCAGCUGUCUGUGGCAGAAUAUCGAAACAAAUUAUAUCAGAUGAUCCUUGAAAAGAAAGGAAAUCGCCACCCAAAGGAGCAAACGCAGAAAGGAGACGCUGAAUCCAGUCAAUCUCAACCCAGACCAUUCUUUCCAUCUUCCAAUCCUGCGACUUUAACCACCGGGAAAAGCCACGGAAUGCCAGCACCACCUCUGCCAAAACAUCCACAAAGGGAUGCUGGAAGUACAGCCAGUGUCCAGGCAGAGGCAUCCAACCAGAGCAAAGACUUCUGCACAUCUUCGUGUCAGAGAUCAAAGAUCGCUGUGAUCUACAACCCCAUCACACACUGUGCUGUUCAAACAGGUAAUGCAAAUUCUGGGGCUGUCAUCAGGAACCAUUCUGCACCACCUCCUCAGCAGGGAAGAACUGCAGGCAAUGGGAAGCAGAGGAGACAAAUUAUGUGGGCAAAUGCAAAUACUCAGCUUCCUGCAAGCGUACAGAACCUUUCCUGUCACCCCCCAAAUACUCAACUCCACAGCAAAGACGUUCGCCCCCUUCAGAAGUGCAGUAAAAAGAUGUUCCCUAUCACCGCGAACGUGGGAGCCGCCGGCGACCCCAAGGCGUCCAUGGGCAGUUAUUCUCAGGCCUAUGGAACCAUAUGCAAAUCUGCACUGCAGAGUCUUCCGAUAUCAAAUUCCUCCCAACAACACGAGGAGCCGAUAUGGAAGAGUUCAACCCAGGCCUCGUCAGCCCCAUAACGAAGCUGGAACAGCGAAUGGGAGCUCAGUAUAGAAGGCGUUUGUCCCAGCUGAACAGGAAUUCACAACCAUACAGCUUUCCCUGGGACACACCAGCAAGGAAAAGAAAUGAAUCUUUUUGCUUUCUCAUCUUCCCAACUAUUUGCUCCCAUAGCAUGAGAGUUCUGCCCGUGUUCCUUAUUUUCACCGCUGCAAAAAACACCACAGAAGGCUGCAUUGUUCCACACUUGGCUGCCUUCAGACGCAUCCACUUUCCUUUGGUCAGAGGCACUGCCUCAAUCCAGGCCCUUUUCAAGCAGAACAAUUAGCCAUCUGCUUCCUGAACAUCAAGGAGGCUGAACUCUUCAUCUUCAUCUUCAAGCCCUUCGUUUUAUAUCACGCUAAUUGAUAGAUGGCUCUUUCAGGGCAAGCGAAUGAGACCGAAUAAGCAAAACCAGUGAUGAUUGCUUUCAACACAAUCAGGUAGAAAAGCCUUUGAAGUAUGAGUGGGCUCUGCUAGAACGCUUCAUGCUCUACCUGCCACCUAUUCACAAUAUAAGCGCUGCAACAAUAAAUCUUCCGUGUUGCACUACAAACAAAUGUGUAUUUAGUGGCUGUUUGCAGUCUGUAGAAGGGGGAAAUACACAAGGGGUGUCCUGUUCAAUAUGUAAGAUGAUGGCAACUUCCCUAUGGUGCCAUAGGGAUCCAUAGGAUGUCAUAAGGAUCCAUAGGAAGCCAUAGGUAUCGACAGGAUGCCAUAAGGAUGCCAUGGGGUGCCAUAGGGAUCCAUACGAAGCCAUAGGGAUCCAUAGGAAGCCAUAAGGAUCCAUAGGAUGCCAUAAGGAUCCAUAGAGUGCCAUAGGGAUCCAUAGGGUGCCAUAGGGAUCUGUAGGGUGCCAUGAGGACCCAUAGGGUGCCAUAAGGAUCCAUAGGGGUGCCAUAAGGAUCCAUAGGAUGCCAUAAGAACCCAUAGGAUGCCAUGAGGACCCAUAGGGUGCCAUAA